CAGGCUAUUUAAUUUUAUCAUAUAAAAAAAAAAAAAGAGCAUGUGGCAGAGUGUUGUGGCUCCGUUUCCUUCCUUCCUUUGACUGUUUGAGUUCAAAAUCGAAACGUGAAAACUUGAAAUGCAGUAACCACUGAUUGUUGUGAAAGCAUUGUUCGUUAGAAAUGGCUUUGCAGUUUCUGAAGCACCCCGUAACCGACCCAACCUUAACUUUUCUUUCUCGGUUACGAAAUCCCAAACUUCCAUUCACAGCCCUAGUGAGAUGGGAUGAUGCUCGGAUUCCAACUUACUUUAGGAGCUAUGCUACUGGAAAAUCAGAAAAGGUUCUACAUGUGAAGAAGAAAAAACGGCUGGAUGAAAUAUGUCUUGAAAAAUAUCAGCAAUAUAGUAGAUCUGUCAUCCAGUCUUGGAUUUUGCAAGGCAAAGUAUAUGUCAACGGGAAGGUGAUAAAUAAAGCUGGUACCCCCGUGCCUGAUAAAGCUGUUGUGGAGAUAGUGGCUGAUGUUCCCAAAUAUGUAUGUAGAGCUGGACAUAAGUUGGAAGCUGCCAUUGAACAGCUUGGUGUUGAUGUAACCGGUAAAGUAGCUCUUGAUUCUGGGCUAUCAACUGGGGGAUUUACUGACUGCUUACUUCAGUAUGGUGCAUCACAUGUUUAUGGAGUUGACGUAGGUUAUGGGCAGGUAGCUGACAAAAUUCGAAGAGAUGAACGUGUAUCGGUGAUAGAACGCACAAAUUUAAGAUAUCUUGCUGGACUCCCACAAAAUGUUGAUUUGGUGACUUUAGACCUCUCAUUCAUCUCUAUUCUCUUGGUCAUGCCUGCUGUGGUCAAUGCCAUGAAAGAAAAUGCAGCAUUAGUGACUUUGGUUAAACCACAAUUUGAAGCUCGUAGAUCUCAAGUAGGAAAAGGAGGGAUAGUGAAAGAUCCCAUUGUUCAUCAAGAGGUCCUUGAGAAGAUUAUAAAGGGAGUAGAGAGUUUUGGUUUCUGCUGUAAAGGUUGGAUAGAGUCUCCUCUGAAAGGUGCUGAGGGUAAUACAGAAUUCCUUGUUCACUUCAACAGAACCCAUGAUAAGGUUCCCGAAGAUCUGGAGUGAAUUAUAGAAUUUAUACUUGAUGCAUUUUUUUAACCUUUGGAGAAGAUUGCCAGUUUGGAAGAUGUAAUAUGCGGAUGAGCUGUAUUCUUGUAUAGUGAUGAGUUGUGCCAUUGAAUGAUAGUGGUGAAAUUUUGUAUGAACCAUACAUAGAAAUGACCAAUGAUUAGUAUGUGACCGGUAAUAUAAGGAUUUUGGUACACUUCUACUAACGAAUAAUAUAUGGUUCUUAAGUGAGGAGGGUGUACUUGAGCCUGCACUUUAAAAUAUAA